UCUUAUUUUAUGAGGUUAUGUUGUGGGGUUUUGAUGAAACGUUACAAGAGAUUUUAUUAGUUAAAUCUCAGAAAUACUUGUUUACAAUACACAGUGCUAUAAUAUAGAAAUGGCAAGAAAUAUGAAUAGAUUAAUGUCACAAAUCUUUGUUCGCCAGCUACCUUCGUUGGCGUAUAAAUCAGUAAGGUUAUAUGCAAGGUGGUCACACAGGUCUCCUGCUAAGGUUUUGUUACCCUUUACUGAGAAAUCUGACCUUAAAAAAGAAAAGAUCAUAGAAAUCGAUCCUUCUAUUUUAAAUAAAAGUCAUGCCAAACAAGAAAGUGACAUGGUUCAGAAUAAGACGACUAUUCAAGAGCAGCCGGCGGCUUCGUCCUUACCGCCAGAGAAAACAAAACAAAUCAAACAAAAACGAGACGAAAAGCUGAAGAAGCACAAGUUUUAUCUCAGUCAACAAAAAGUUUUUGAUGAUAAAGGUGAAAUUAUUUAUGAAAAGUUGAAAGAAAAUGAUGGGCGUAUAAGUACCUUAUUAGUGAAGUUGAAGUCAAAAAAAGAAAGAUUGAGGUCUGGUCACACAUUUGUGGAAGGUUGGCGACUUAUAGUUGAUGGUUUGGAAGCUAAAUGCACUUUAAAGUAUGUCAUCUUUAGCAGGCCAGAAGAGCUUGUUAAAUUAAAACCACAUUUGCCUAAAACUGGGGUGCUGUUUUAUAAAGUAGCUUACAAAGAGAUGCAAAUGUGGUCUGAUGUUGAAACGAGUCCUGGUAUAUUUGGUAUAUUUGAAACUCCAGCAGCAGAAAAUGUAAAGACUUUAUCAAGGCCUCUGCCACUUCAGUUUAUAUGUGACAACAUCAGAGUACCGGGGAACUUGGGUGCCAUACUGCGAGUAGCUGUUGGUGCUGGCUGUGAGAAAGUUUUACUUUCAAAAGGAUGUGUAGAUGUUUGGGAUCCAAAGGUGAUUCGAAGUGCAGCUGGUGCCCACUUCAGACUGCCCAUCUACCAGUCAAUAGAAUGGGAUGAAAUGCCAAACCACUUGGAAAAGGACACAUCAGUAUUUAUUGCUGAUAGCAACACCACAGAUUUAGACCAGAGUGAAGAAAAUGAUAGGGGAAAUGACAUGCCAGUAUUGCCAUACUAUGGUGUGAAUUACCCAUCUUUAAAACAUACUACUUUAAUAUUAGGUGGAGAAACUGAAGGAAUCAGUGAUGAGAGCUAUAGGUUAGCAGCAGCUAAAAAUGGCGUAAGGAUAAAUAUCCCCUUACAAAGAGGAGUCGACAGCUUGAACACUGGUAUGGCUACAGCUGUCAUAGCAUUUGAAAUCAGAAAGCAACUCAUAAAAACAUGGACUCAGGAGAAACUUGCAAGGCAAAUGUCUCAAGCUAAUUAGUAGUUUAGUAUGUAGAUAUAAUAAGUAAUAGUAGAAUAGACUUUAAAAUUGUUAUUCAAUAUAUGAAUUUAAAAACA